CGAGCUAUGCUGCGUACUUGCAUGACAAUCUGGUCGAGAGGGACGGAGGGAGGAAUUGGAGAAAGCAAAGAGACUUGGAGGGUAAAUGUAUAACAUCAUUAUGCUGGUGUCCCAAUGGCAAGGUUACUGUCUUGGGACUUGAAGACGGUACAGUUUUACUGCAUGAUGUCGAAAACGCUUCUGGUAACUCUUUGGCAUUUGAAGAUCGCACUACUCGAUUCUUCCCUCCAGCUCCAAGAGUUCCUCGCAUGCCUGGACUAGUACCUAGAGAUGCUGGUUUAACUGACGUUGGUCAAGAUUCAUUUGUAGAGCUCUCAAAUUCUUCAAAUCAAUGUUUCAAUAUCCUUUGCAGUGGAGAUAAAGAUGGGGUUUUGUGCUUCAGUAUAUUUGGUGUCUUUCCAAUCGGAAAUAUUGUAAAAAAAUAUUGGGCAGUGGAUGAGGCCACAUACGUGAGAGAGAUACAAGGUGAUUUUGAGGAGGGCAGCUCAUUGGCCGCCGAGAAUGACCACCAGCGUGGGGUUUGGGUUCUGCAGGCAUGUGAGGGAAGAAGCGACAACAAGGGGAAGAAAGAUCAGGUACUUGGAGCGAGGAAGAUAAGAAAUGUGCAUAGGUCAAGAAAGGAACUAGAGAGAGAGUUGUCGUUGGAGUUGAAAAGUCUGACUUGGAAAAGAAAUUAAACAAGAGGAAAGAUAAAAAUAUUGAGCAUUGAUGGUCUCCGCCUUAAAAGAUGUGUGG